UGCUAAUUUAUAGGAGGUUAUAUUGGAAAUUUUCGAGAUAUCAAAAAGUUUAGUGCAGAAUAUUUGGCAUUGAAAAUCUUAAAAUGUCUAUGUGAAUUAUAAGAUUUGGAAAGAUUAGAUAAAAUACAAUCAAACGCUGUAGUUUAGCAAACAAUUACGUUCAUUCAACCAAAAAUGAUUUUUCAAAAAUGUUCUUCAACGCUAUAUUUACUACCGUGUAGGUUAAAUACAAUCUUAAUGGAGAGAGGAUUAGCAAGUACGCAUUCAAUUCAUGUACCAAUAAAAUUAGCAUAUGCGUCCUACGAGUCUACAAAAGAAAAAGUUGAUGAAAAUGUCAAAUCGCCCAUUUUAAUUAUGCACGGACUUUUUGGAUCCAAAAGUAACUGGAAUAGUUUAUCCAAAAUCAUACAUCAAAAGACAAAUCGUAAGGUGAUUACAAUAGAUGCUAGGAAUCACGGAGAUUCACCUCAUGCUUCCGAAAUGUCGUAUUAUCAUAUGACUGAAGACAUAGCCUUAUUGCUGAAAGAUUUGGAUAUAAAUAAAGUUGUAUUAGUAGGUCAUAGUAUGGGUGGAGGAGCUGUUAUGUAUACUGCUCUAAUGUAUCCAGAAUUGGUGGAAAAACUUAUUGUUGUUGAUUUUUGUCCUACUAAAACAAGUCCAAGUCUUCUCUUGAUGAAAAAAUUAUUUGAAUCAAUGCGUUUAAUUUCUCUGGAUGGAGUUCCAUCUUUAUCUAAAGCAAGAAAAUUGGCAGAUGAACAGUUAUCUGUAACAAUUAAAUCAAAUUCUAUCCGCCAGUUCUUAUUAACUAACCUUGUAGAAUCGCACCCAGGAAAAUAUAAAUGGAGAAUUAAUCUUCCAGUUUUAGAAAGUAACUUUUCUAAAAACAUAGCAGUGUUCCCCAAUGAAAAAAACAAAACUUACAAUGGACCAACAUUAUUUAUUGCUGGAACUGAAAGUGAUUAUAUCAAAGAAAGUGAUCAUGAAAAUAUUAAACAAAUUUUUCCUUCUGCAAAAUUUCACUAUGUAACUGGUGCUGGACAUUGGGUACAUGCUGAUAAACCUGUCGAAUUUAUUGAUACUUUGACAACUUUUGUAGAAACACAUUAACAUGAAAAU